UUCGAGUUGAAAGCUCUUUAUAUACAUCUGAAUGGGCGGAGGCAGAAAACAGGAACGUGCUGCUGAUAAGACGUGGAUCCAAAGUUCACACACACACACCUGAGGAUGGGCAGAUUUCACUCAGCAGGUCAUGUGGAAGACAGCGGAGACUCUAAUCACAGUGAAUGAAUAAUGUCCUGUUCAGCCUAAUGGGAUUUUUCUCUUUUUUCUGGAAGUCAAGCAUCUUGAGGAAAUUAUGAGAGGACUGUGAUGUUAAUUUGAAGUUUCUGGAUCUGAGAUAUUCUCACCCGUCUGGAAAUGUGGCCGCUGGGAACUGCCAUGUUUUUGCUCUGUUGUGCUGGUUGUUGGUGCCAAAACUGUAACCUGACGAAGCCUUAUUUCAAGUCCCAGAAUUUCUUCAGCGUUCUCCAUUGGGAUCCUGUUGACCUUCCAGGUCAAACGGCUCUUUACAGUGUCCAGUACAGCCCGUAUGGCAGUCCUCGUCAGCUAGUUCCAUGGUGCCAGAACAUCUCAUCUCCAGUGUGUGAUCUGACUGAUGUGAUGAGCGAAGUGAUGACUCAAGUGACCAUCACAUAUAAAGCCAUCGUCUAUGCAGGCGCACGGUGUCUGGGUGAAGUGAAGUUCUUUCCAUUUAAAGAAACCACAUUAGCGGCACCGCAGCUGACCGUCACCUCAAACCAAACCCAUCUGAAUGUGACUCUUUCUAAGCCAAGGGUUCCCUGGAAUCGCUCCAUUGAGAGCAUGAAGUAUUGGGCGGACUACAGUGAUGUGAACAGAUACCCUGUUAAAUACAUUGUUCGUCUGACACAUCCCGGAUCACAGGAAUAUUUUAGCAGGACGUCUCCUUCAGUGUUGAUCGAGCUGCUGUGGAAAGAUGUUGAGUAUUGUGGCGAAGUGUUUUAUUCUCUCACUCAUCCCGGCUGGUUCAGACCCAGUGAAAACAGCACCUUCUGUCUCACCGUCUCAGCACCUAAUCCCUUGCUCCAUAUCUUAAUGUGGCCCAGUGUGCUGGCUGCGCUGCUGAUGGUCUUCCUAUCUGUCAUGCUCUGCCAUCGCUUUGUAAAAAGAAAGCGCUCCUUACCGAAAGCUCUGAUGCUGCCAGAAAACAACAGUCCACCAUUUUGGUCCGAUCCCAAAGACAACAUAUCAAAAGUGGAAAUGUGGUCUGGAAUGUUUUUUGGGAUUAAUCCGGAUCCACAAACUCCAUCUUUAACUCCACAAAAGUCUGAGAUCACUGUUAAAGAUAAUGCAUAUGCAUCCCAGGAGCCUUAUAGAUGCCAACAGGACGGGCCGAUUCAGAAUAGCAGAGAGCCAUCAGAGAACUACAGCCUCUGUUUACCCGCUCGGAUGCCAAAAGAAUCAUUUAACAGCUCUGAUUCAUUCAGUCCGGAGUCUGAUUCACCUAAAAUGAUUCAUUCAGACACCAGUGAAUCAUUAAACAACUCUGAUUCGUUCACUCCAAGGUCUGAUUCUGUUAAAUUGAUUCAAUCAGACACCAAUGAAUCAUUUAACAACUCUGAAUCACACAGUCCAGAUUCUGAUUUAGUUGAAUUGAUUCAUUUGGAAACCAAUGAAUCAUUUAACAGCUCUGAUUCAUUCAUUCCAGAGACUGAUUCAGUUGAAUUGAUUCAUUCAGACGCCGAAUGCAAGACUCUUGUGGUUCCAGCGAGGCCUGAUAAGAAUGGUGCAUUACAGUUUCACGAGCUUUUCUUUCAAAAUGAAUCUUUUCCAGAUGAAUCAGCUGAACGCAUGCCUUUAUUAAAUGAUCUCAUUCAUAAUGAUUCCUCUUACCUGCCUGAACAGGUUUCUAAUACAGUAACGUCAAACUACAGGCAGAAUUGGGUGCCUGGACUUCUUCCGGAUGGACACGAAGAGAAAAGGACUUAUAUAAUGAGGACAGAAACGACUGAGGAUUUGCAUGAAGCUGAGGAGGACUUCAGAGAGUCAGAGGAGUCUCGAAUCGGGGUGGUUUUCCUGGACAGGUGUUUGCUGGAGAUUCAGGGUUUGUCUCUGUCGUGAACUUGACCGAUGGAGGUUGUUUUGCUCUGUUCAUCUAUGCAAGACACAGAGGAAUGAACAUCUGUUGGGUUUUGCAGACUCGUUGCAUCAGGUGGACGUCCCGGAAGAUGACCAGCUAAAACCAGCUUGACCAUCCUAACCAGGCUGGGAGCCCAGCCAA